AUGAAAGAUAGCCAAACCCCAUAUCCGCAGCUGGGCAGUAGUAUCGAAGAAUUUUCUUUCACUGCUCAAACUGCGGGUAUGUCCUCGGAUCUAGUCACUGAGCACGCUCACGUGAACAUCAUGCUCGGACAUAGAAGGAAGAAUGCGACCGCACUCGUAGAAAUCGGAAUAACUAAUCAAGCCAGUUUGGUGAAGGCUGCGUCAUAUGUGAUGGGGAAAUACGAUGACCCGGUGAAGGACCUCAAAAGCAAAGCAUUCAGCGAGCAGGGAUGUUUCGACGUGCCGCACUGA